CAGUGCCUCCUGGUGCCCGGAAACAAUGUCAACCUUGAGUACCGCCCAUCCCAGCAGCCUUGUCCUUCCGUCCCUCCAGACACCAGAAGUUCCGCCACCGAGCGGACACCUUAGCUUGUGAGUCACCGAGUUUGUACUUCUGCGCAGGCGCCCUCAGCCCACUUCUAGCUUGGCUCCUGCGGCGAGACCGCCCUCAUGUCAUGGCUCCUCCGCUGUUGUCGCUGCCGCUUUGUAUUCUGCCGCCGGGUUCGGGCUCCCCCCGCCUGGUGUGCUACUGCGAGCGGAAGAGUGGUGGAGACGGGGACCCCGAUGACUUCAACCUCUAUGUGACGGACGCCGCGGAGCUCUGGAGCACCUGCUUUUCGCCUGACAGCCUGGCGACGCUCCAGAAAGCCCGAUUUGGCCUAAGUGGGGCUGAAGAUAUCCAUUCCCGGUUCAGGGCAGCCUGCCAACAGCAGGCAGUGACUGUAAGCCUGCAAGAAGACAGAGCAUUGAUAACCCUUUCAGGGGAUACCUCUGCCCUGGCCUUUGACCUCUCCAAGGUGCCCAGCCCGGAGGCAGCCACCAGGCUGCAGGCUUUGACUCUCAGCCUGGCAGAGCAUGUAUGCAACCUAGAGAGGCGGCUGGCAGCUGCAGAAGAGACCAUCACUAGCUCCAGGAAGAACACCCAGCCAGCAGGCACUCAGUUCUUACCAGAACUUGAUCACCAGAGAGGCAGCUCUGGGCCUGGGGUCAGGAGACGGUGUCCAGGGGAGUCUCUCAUCAAUCCUGGCUUCAAAAGUAAGAAACCAGCUGCUGGUGUAGACUUCGAUGAGACCUGAGGACAGCAAAGCCUGUUACUUGGCCAGGAGCCUGUCUGCAAGGAAAGGGGAGAUCUAGGACCCACUAAUCAGAGACACCCUUUGCUUCACUCCCCCUGUGGUCCUGCUGUUGGGCAAAGGCGCCUCUCAUCCCUUCUCCGUCAAAUAAACUGCUCCCUCAGGGAGAGAUGCUGGGCCAGACUUGACUUGUGAAGAUUGGCCUUGGGGAGGGGGCACGAGAAGACCCCUCUGGUGUACUGUGGAGCCCUGGGAUGCAAACAGAUGCAUCAGGCUCUCGGCAUCCAGAAGGCUCUCCUGCCUAGGUCUUAAGGCAGGCAGCAGAGCUUUCUCAGACCUACUGUGUUGAUUCUGCAUGGCCAGCACAGAAGCUGAGAGGGUCCUGGUCUGGUAGAGCCAGAACUCUCUAAGGCUUAGAAUGGUGUCCCACACUUGCAAGCCCUACCCAGGUAGCACAAAGGCGUUGUCUUGGAGGCCACCACAGGGCAUUAGACAGUAGAAGCCCCUUAUAGGAGAUAUGGUUGGCCCACAGCCUGUGGCUGGACUGAGGAAUGUAGGCCUGCCCCCACCCACUUGGCCAGGAUCCCAGAGGCUGAGCUUCAUGGGGCUCUGCUCCCCACCCUCCUUGGCCAUCCAGGGCACCCCGCCCAGCUCUGGCCUGACUGGUUUGGGAGACUAAUCCAAUCCCCUAGAUCCCUGAUGCCUCUGUGCCGGGGCAGCUGUAAGGGGCCCCAGGCCUUUGUUCCACACCAUGGAGGAGGAUGAACUGUGCUUUGCCCAGUGGACUCUCUUGUCUUCAGCAUUUGGGGCCACCACUUUUAACUCUGUUUCUCACCAUAGGGUUGAGGUGGUGUAGUUGUGGAUCUCUGGCCAUUUGGACGUUCAGGACACAAUUACUUGGGGCAGAGAUGCUUUAUGGGGCUGCAGAUGAGUGUAUGAAAGUAGGGGGGCUAACGGGGGUGCACAGCAGGCUGGUAGGCAGCCAGGAUCUCUGCGCUGUGUGGACACGUAUACUUGAACUCCUUCUUCUGCAACGCACUGUCCAAGUAGCGGCGAACGCAGGACAGUUCCGCGGGGAUGGGCAGCUGGCGGAAGUGUGCACACACGGUCUGUGGGUGCAGCAGAGCAUGGUGAGGGUCUCACUCGAUGGCCCCCACACCCACACCCUACCCGCUGGUCCCUUACUCACAUCCACAAUGUGCAGCUUGGGUAGCAGACUGCAGUCAGCCAACGUGAACUGGUCACCAUCGAGAAAGCGGCGGUGGGACUCACGAAGAUGUGGCUCCUGCGCCAGUUCAUGGUCCAGUGGUGAACGCAGGUAGCUGUCCAGCCUGGUCAGGGCCCGGAGCAGCUGCUGAUACAGGGCUUGGGGGCAAUGGUAACCAUGAGGACUCAGCCUUGACCUUGGGUUAGCCCUCCUGCCUAGACCUGCUGGCCUGUGUCUCACCAUUGUCCUGUGUAGGCACUGGGUUCUUGAUGAAGGCAGAGAACUUGUGGAAGAUGUCAUUGCCCGCUGUGUUGGACUCCCUGUACCUGGGUGCCAGGCUAGGGAAGCUAUGGGUGUGAGUAGUUUGAGAAUUCCAGUCAGACCCUCAAGUACACUGUGCCUCAAAGCACCCUUCCUAGGCACUCUCCCAGGUGUCCCCCAAGGAGGUCCCAUCUUUGCCCUCCUGCCCCAUCAGAUGCUCACUCAGGUGGCCCCAAUGUCUCCUCCAGAAACUCCUCGAUCUGCAGUGUGUCUGUCUUGACAUCCCCGUCGUACAGCAGGAUGGGCAGCUGUGAGCCUGGUGCAAAGUCCUUCAGCACAUCCAAUGCCCUGUGAACACCAAGCAGAAGGGAGGUGGCUGGCCUGAGGUGGGCAGAGGCCAGGCAAGGGUCCAGGGUGGUGUCUCACCUUCGAGUGUCCACUGUGGUGAGUGUGAAGGGCACACCCUUGAGGAGUAGGACCAUGAAGAGCCGCUGACAGGAAGGGCAGUGUCCUACGCUCUCGCCAUCCUCACUGGCCUGGGUGGGUGGAACAGAGGUGUCAGGCUCUGGGCAGACCCAGGAAUCCUGACACCUGGCUGGGUGGAACUCUGCCUCCCACUGCCAUUGGCUCUGGAGGCAGGCUAGGGCUCUGGCCUGGUUGGGCAUGGCAUCUACAAGUGUCUAGUGAGGGCCCUUGAACUGAUCGCUGGAAUGGGGAGGACAAAAGAAGUUGGGAGCUUAGAGGCCUAGGCUUGGGGUCCUGCCAGAGGGUUCCAGUCACAGAGACUGACUGCAGGGUGGGGCAGGCCAGAGAUUCAUCCUCUAGUUAUUAACCCACACAACUGGGUAUUGACGCUAACAGCUCAGGGAAGGAAGGGAAAGAGACCAAAGAGGAGACCAGGACCUGCUCCCACUCAGGUCUGAGCACUGGCCUGAUAGCUAAAAGGGCCAUCUCUGGCAAGCCCCCAGUCUGGCACAUGAUCCUGAAUCUGUACUAAAUGCCAGGUGCCAGCUACCAGAUUGACACCUCACCAAGAAGCUUUCUCCCAGAGCUGGGCCAGGUCCAUGAGCCAAGGGGAAGAGCGGGACCCAGGCUCUCUGAUCCUCCUUAUGGUAGCUCCUCACCCAGGAUGCCUGGCUCUACUCAGCCCUGUGUGGGGCAACUCAAACCCACCACAAGGAUAGGGACUUGGGCACCAUUAGGAAGACCCACCCCUCCUCCCAAAUAGCAACAAGAAAAAAGCCCAGCUCCCCUUCCAGCCCAGCCUGCCCAGAACCUUCACAAAUAGCUGGAGCUUGGUGGUUUCAGCCAUGGUGGGAGCUGAGGCAUCCAGCGGCGGCAGCAGCAGCCCAGGGCACAGGGUGUGCCUUGGGAGCUCUUUAAGUCUCUCUGAUGCCCCACCCUCCCCAGGCAGUGGGCCCGCCCCACGAAGCCACCUAGGCAACAGACAGGUUUCCAGAGCAGAGCCUGUAUAAGACCAGAGUGUCCGUGCUACCAGCGACCACAGGAGACCUGAGUCUCAGGGCCAGGUGUGAGUAUGGGAAGUUGGCUCACAGCAAAACACUGAAGCCUCAGUGUGGUUGUGAGGGGAGCUAGUGUGGUGAACGCAAACUGGGUUGAUCUCAGCCCAGGAGCUGCCUCACAGCCUUCUGCGGCUCAUUCUCCAUUGUCAAGUCCUUAUCCCAGAAAGUCAGCCAGGGGGUGGGAAUGAGUGGGAAAUGCCUCAGUUUACCUGUCUGUGUGACAAGCCGUUUCGGGAGAGAUGCCCCCUCCCUCUGACAAAACCCAGUCAGGUAGGGUGGACCCGCAUUCCAAACAUGUUCGUGGCCGGCAGGCUGAUAAGCCUGGUUUUGGUGUUUAACCCAGCUGAGCAGUGGACUCCGUGCCCCCAUCCUGUCCACACAGGCUCAGAGCAGCUUUCUUACUCUUAACCUCGACCUUCAGUUGGCACCAGGAAGGGUUAGAAACUACUACCUAGUGGCUGAGGUCCCCAGCAGGAAGGAAAGGGCCAGUAUGGUCUGACCCUAUCAGGCACAAAUCUGCCAUUCGGCCUUCCCAAGCCCACUGGGCUUCACAGUGGGAGUGCCUUUGGCAUUCUUUGUGUCUCAGCCUGUGUUUCACAGCAGCAGCCAUCCAGGAGAGCUGUUCUUUAGAACCUGUGCUCACAGAGAACCAGCACUGCCCACUGGCUAAGACCAGGACCUAGGGAUUGCUUUCUUGUCUCUGGUAGGCUGGUGCCAUCCAGGCUACACUGUGAAGCCAAGGUGGCUCCAUACCUGCCCACUCACCUGCUCACGUGCCUGACUCCUAGUCAGGGCCUCAGCUGUGCCAGGCUUCCCUCCUCCUUAGCCCUGCCUUGUCAUUUCCCUGACCUCAGCCAGAGUUGAAGUGGAACACAGCUCUGACAUCCCUGGAACCUGGAUUUGUGUCGGAGGCUCGGUUCCUCCUCUAUCCGACUCUUGACUCCUAGAGUCAGUUUUAUUUUGGCUUCAUACUGACAUGGUCAGCUUUCUGUUUCGUGGUUUUCUGUCCUUUGCAGAUGACAAAUCAUCACUGUGGGGCAGCCCUGAAGCCUUUCCCAACUGCCAGUGGUCACCAGACACACCGUAUUUAUAUAUUUUUGCAAAGUUGACCUUACAAAUCCACAAGGAAGGGAUGAAGUGGACAUACAACAUGAACAUGGCUUAGAGAGAAAGAAACAAGCCAGAGUGACGCCAGCUGGCACUUCCUUGUUUCGGGGGAGCUGUGGACAUGUCCUGUGUCAGUCUGUGCGUAGUGGGAGCCAUCGGUGCUCCACUCCCAUGCUUGCAGCUUCCUGGACUCAGCUACAGUUUGCCUCCCAAAAUCCAGGGUCACCACUGCACCAUUGAACUGUGUCCCACAGGGUACCAUCACAGAGAAUGGACAAAAAUGGGCCCACAGAUGCAUGCCAACAGAGUCUGAUAUUAUAGGUUUAUUGUUUUGGAAUCUUAACCCCCUGGAUCUGUGAUUUUUGUUGGGGGAGAUAUUGUCCUUAAAGAGGCAAUCAAAAAAUGAGACCACCCA